GUGGACCGAAUACAUUUAUAAAGUGUAUAUAUGUGUUGUGAUCCGAAUAAAGUGUAACUAAUAAUGUAUUUAAGUAUAAUGGUUUUUUUUUUAACAUUUGAAGAGUUCAACGAUCUGCAGAUCAUGUUUACAUCACAAACGAAAGUACAUAAACAAAACCGGAAACAAUAAAGAUGGUGAUGGAGAUCAUCUGCCAUUCAUAACAUACCUUCAGAAGUUUCACCGAUUUAAGUUUGCUAUCAGAGAGGUCAAGAGCAUGGAUAAUUUAACCGAGGAGUUCACAACUAACCUUGACGUCAGAAGCACCGAAAGUCUCGAUAAACGAUUACUUUUUCUAAUGGACAAAGCAGCAAAGAAAGUCAAAGAAGUAGCGCCUAUCAUAGAUUAUGUUCAUCAGAAAGUUGCAGAUUACAGAAAGCAAAGACCUUACGAUACAGUUACAGUUGUCGGUAGUGUAGGUAACGAACUUUACGUACCUGAGGUCAUGCCGGACGGUUCUUAUUUGAUAGAGGUAGAUGUGUUGUAUAACAGGGAAAUGCCAAAUGCUAUCAUUCCCAUGUAUAUGCCUCCUGAUGAUGUUCUGUAUACCAGGGAAAAACCUAGUGUUGUCAUGCCUACUGAAAAGCCGCCUGUUAUAACCGUAAAGAUUGAUUUCAUGAAUGACGAAAACAAAAUAGUGACAUUGCCAAUUGGGGCAUGCUUAGUAGAGGUUACCGGUAAUAUUGAUGGAGUGGAAAAAGGUCAGAGGUGGAAAUUUUUCAAAGAACUUUGGAAUGGUAAAACUUACUUGAAAUCUUUAGGAUAUACAUGCUUAAUUCCACGACAGGAAGACCCGAGUAUUUUAGGCGAGAUUGAAAUUGAACCAUUGGAGAAGGCAAAGAUUUUGCAGUUGUAUAGGACAUGUAGAACUGAGAUGGAUACUAUACUGGUUGAUGGAAGAGAACUUAAAUUUAGAAUUUUGGUUGACAAAGUUUCUGCUCUAAAAGGUCCUUGGCCUAACAUGCUGUCAGAUUUCCAGAGCCGCGCGAGAAAAUGGCCAGAAACAAAGAUAGUAGAAAGUAUUGUCAAGGAUGGUUGCUUGUUGACACACAAGCCAUCACUGCAGGUUUAUCCUUUGCAGUGGAAAAUUACAUUUUCACUAGCAGAACAACAACUGACAAAAACGUUUUCAUUUCAUCAGAAAUAUUUGUUUAUAUUGCUUAAACAAGUGAAGAAGAAGUAUUUGGACAUGGGUUUAAUGGAAAAUGGAGUACCGAUUGUGGGUUUAACAUCAUACCACUUGAAGACAAUUUAUCUAUGGAUGUGUGAAGCCACGGAUCCUCAACAGUUUAUUCAGCAUCCAGGUAUAUGCUAUUUAGUUUUUCUGAAGAAUUUGAAGAAUUGCAUUGAAUUUUACGACUGUCCGCACUUUUUCAUUUCAACAUUAAAUGUCAUGGAGGGACUUCAACGAUAUAAAAGACCGCCUACGGAGGUAGAAAUUGAAGGAUGGACGCAUAAGCGGAAAAUGCUCCAAGAUAUUACACUCCGACAAAUUAGUAUUCUAAUGCAGAAGCCUGAAAAUUUCUUGACCGAUGAUAUCCUUGAUGAAAUAGAUGAAACUCAUCUACAUCUGUUACAAAGGACAAUCGGAGAUGAACAAUGA